AUGAAUAAUUAACCAAUAUUAAUAGAAACUCAACAAUAUAAAUAUUAUGUUGGAAAUGAAGAAAAGUCCUUUCAAAUUAAAAAGAAAGCUGAAUUUUUUUAAUAUUAAAGAUAUAAAACCGUAAGCAACUCAUUUCAUGAAACAAACAAUUGUUUAGAGAAGAAACAAAAAUAAAGAAGAAUGACGUUGGAUAAAUGCUAAUAAGAAUGUUCCAAUAUAGCUGCGAAAAAAUAUAUUGAUUUUAAUGUAAUUAUAUGAAGAAAGUAGAUUAAAGAAAUAAAUUCAGGUAAUGAAUUAAAUGAAAAGGUUAAGUAAUUUAUUAUACAAGACAAAAAGUUGAUGAGAAAAUAAAUAAAAGUUACUAACUUUGAAGAUUUAUUGUUGUAAUAUUAGAAAUCCUUUCGUUAGAAAUAGAUGAAAAAACAAGUAUUAGAAUAAUUAGAGUAAGAGCCUCUUUAUUUUAAGGGUACCAAUUCAAAUAAUUAUGAAAUGAAAAAUUCAUAAUAGGAUCACAUUCAAUAUAACUUACAAUAAAAGAAUAAAAAAUAAUAGAAUAUCAAUAAAGAUUAAUAGUUAUAGGAUAAAAUUUAAAAUUAUUUAUCUAGAAAAAGUGUUAAUUUACAAAGAAUAUCAUAAAAAAUGGAUGACUUUAAUAUUUAAAGAAAAUUAACUAAAUAAUCAGAUUCUAUAGAAAGAUAGAUAAAAACUCAAACAAAUUUUUUUGAAGAUUUUGGUGAUUCUGAUUUGUCUUUAAAGAAUUAAGACAAGGAUGAUUAUUCUUAAUUACUAAAAUAAUCUUAUAAAUAUUGGGAUUUUGCAAUAAAAACAAAAAAGGAUCCAACAAAAACAAGAAAAGCUGAAGGUAUAUUUAAUAUUUCAACAUAAACAAACUUAGAAAAAAUGAAAAGUUAAUUAUUAUAUUGUGUAAAGAAAUUAAGAUUUAUGAAAUUGAAUCCAUAGUUAUUAAUAAAAAAUAAUGAAAUAAUAAAAUUGAAACCUUAUCAAAGAGAAGGAUCAUAUGUAUUUUUUAAAGGAAUUGGUAAAAAUGAUUAAGAUUUAGUAAAAUUAAUGUUAGAAAAAUGUAGAUUUUAUGCUUUUGAUGUAAAUGAGUAUUUUUAAACUGCUCUUCAUAUUUGUUCAAGAAAAGGAUAUAUAAGUUUAGCAGAAAUGUUAUUAUCUUAUGGAACAUAUCCAGAUGCAAAAGAUGUUAAUUAUAAGACACCUCUUUAUUAUGCUUUAGUUAAUAAAUAAAAGGAUAUAGUUAGACUUUUAUUAUCUGAAAAAUGUAAUCCAUGGUCAUCUAAAGGUUGUAAUUAUGAAACUAAUGAUCCAAGUUUAUAGAAGAUACUUAAAAUUGCUAGAAGAGUAUUAAUUUAAUGAUUAAUUAGAUUGACUUAUUAUUGAUGAUGAUUCCAUAUAACAAAAGAUAGCAAACAUGGUUAAAUUAUGGUAGAGUUAUUUUGGAUUUAUGA